AUGAACUCCAUUCAAGAAGUAAAACGGAACGUCCUCCACGAUUAUAUUGCGACAUUUGUGAAGUUUUCGAUGUUCAUGAUACCACAGAUUGUCCCGCUCAACAAAUGGACAUAA